CAAUCCGCGUUACAUAAACAUUGUCCUUGAGUAAUAAUGUAGGGAGAAUCUGAGGCAGUUUAAAGGUCUUGAUUAUCUGUUAUUGUGGGAACUUUGGUGAUAUAUUUCGAGCAAAAAUGUCAGUAAAACACGCCAUAAGCCGGGGUAUGGAGUUUGGGAGAUCCGUUUUCCAUCUGGGUCUCUUGAAACCAGCCGCCCGUGUGGCAGCGAAGUUCCGCGGUGAUCGACUGCGUGUGUCACCGCAGACCCGCACUGUCCAGCCGCAGAGCUUCUUGCCCGCGCGGUACCGCUUUUACAGGCUGUCUGUCAGCGGGAUGGCCGCUCGGCUUCAGUCGGGUGGUUUCAGGAGACUGAUCGGAGGCGGGUCACCCAGGAACAGAGCAGUUUUCCUGGCUUUUGGUGUUGGAUUAGGACUUAUUGAACAACAACAGGAGGAGGACAGAAAGAGCGCGGCGCUGUGUCAGGAAAUACAGGCUGUAUUCAAAAAGAAAAAGUUUCAGACGCCUCUGAAGUCCUUUACAUCAGGAUACAGGUUGGAGGAUUAUGUGAUUGGGAAACAGAUCGGGAAAGGUUGCAAUGCUGCUGUGUACGAGGCCGCAGCUCCGUUUGCGCUCCCUGCGGAGAAUGAAAAGUGUUCGCUGGUUCAACUGGACCAGAAUGAAGACGACAAGAAGAAUGCAGGACCAUUUCGAUUCUCAACUACAUCCAGCUUUCCUUUAGCUAUGAAAAUGAUGUGGAACAUUGGGGCUGGAUCAUCUAGUGAUGCUAUCCUUCGAUCCAUGUCCAUGGAGUUGGUCCCUUCAUCCCCACAGGCCUUACCGAAAGAACAGCGAGUGAUUGCUUUAGAUGGCCAUUUUGGACCGGUGCCUAAAAGACUAACUGCUCAUCCCAAUGUGAUCACGGUAUACCGGGCUUUCACUGCAGACGUACCCCUGCUACCUGGUGCUCAGGAAGAGUAUCCCGAUGUCCUGCCACCCAGACUCAAUCCUAUGGGUUUAGGCAGCAAUCGCACACUGUUCCUGGUCAUGAAGAAUUACCCAUGCACCCUGCGUCAGUACCUGGCGGUUGGUGUGCCAACCCGGAUGCAGGCGUCUCUGAUGUUCCUGCAGCUGCUGGAGGGUGUGGACCACCUUUGCAGACAAGGCAUUGCUCAUCGAGACCUCAAAUCGGAUAAUGUUCUUCUAGAAUUCGAUCGCACUGGGUGUCCCAGACUGGUGAUCACUGAUUUCGGAUGCUGUCUGGCAGAAGACUUUAGUCUCAAACUGCCCUUUAACAGCUUGUGGGUUAACAGAGGAGGAAAUGGCUGUCUGAUGGCACCUGAGGUGGCAACUGCCGUUCCAGGUCCAGGAGUAACAAUCGAUUACAGUAAGGCAGAUGCCUGGGCCGUAGGGGCCAUUGCUUAUGAGCUUUUCGGGCAGCCGAACCCCUUCUACAGUGCACAGGGCCUGGAAAGUCGCAGUUAUCAGGAAAGAAAUCUGCCCCCAUUGCCUGAUACUGUACCUGCUGAUGUACAACUUGUGGUGAAAUUAUUGCUACGCAGAAAUAAUCACAAGCGUCCCAGUGCACGUGUGGCUGCCAACAUACUUCACAUCAGUCUGUGGGGCAAACGUGUCCUGGCCAGCUUGGACCGAGCCAGAUCGGAUAAGCUGAUCGACUGGCUGCUGUGUCAGUCUGCCGUGGUCCUCCUGAAUGUCCGCGGGCCCAGCGGGAGCUCUGUGGAAGCUGAACUUCAGAGAUCUUUCCUCUCUAACAUAGACCUUGAAGAUCUCCGCACCGCAGUCAGCUUCCUUAUGUACGAACAAGAACACAGCAGUCUCUGCUAGUACACUACACUGAAUCACAGUGUAUUCAUUUGCUUUAAAAAAAAGCAUUUUAUUAAGCAACACUGUGGAAGCACUUUAGUUUAAUUGUCACUGUAAUAUGUUGAAAUUGUGCCAAUAUAUGAAUUUGCUUUUAUAGUAUUCAUUAUAAUGAUGCUCGAGGAAUAGUGCACAAGAAUACAUUUUAUGGUGGAUUUAUUUUGUCAGAAUAACUUGCAAAUGUGGGAUAAAAGUAAAAAAAUAAAGGACACAGCAAUGACAUCAUGUACAUGUAUAACUGUGUGUGCUAAUAAAAAGUCAUUUGAUGA